AUGGACGCAGGUUUAUGCGAACUGGAGAUAAACCAAUCGAACAUCAUUCUCGACAUCGAGGAGAGCAGAGGGGACUCGAUCGAUCAGGAAACAGUCCCGGCAGAGCUGCCCGUUAUCGGUGACCCGACGAACGAGACGAUCCUCGAGCUGAACUUAACAGGCCGCCAGCCACUUUUUACCCUCGAUGGCAAACGACUCAGGCUUCUCAGGCCACUGGACCGAGAUGAGGAUAAUCUGUCGCACGUCUUUUUUCAGCUGAGCUGCACGGUGCGAGCGACGAACAGCAACCGCAAGAUCCCGGUGAUCGUCCGAGUUACGGAUGUCAACGAUAACGCGCCCAGAUUCGACAACACGCCGUAUGAGACUACAGUUUCUGAGUUAACACCAGUGGGAUCAACCAUUUUCAAAAACGUUGUCGCUAACGACGCAGAUGCGGGAGUCAACGGUCUAGUAGAGUACUCGAUAGCUCCUGGAGAUGGCAUUGGCAUCGGUAAUGGCGAUGGCAUGGGUCACGAUCACAUCACCACAGCCGAUGGAUAUGGUUAUUUCAGCAUCAAUCUACCGCAUCAGGGACAGGUGACUGUUAACCGCACCCUUGACUACGAGAGGACGCGACUCUAUCUCGUCACCAUACUUGCUUCUGAUCGAGCGAUAAAACCGUCCGAGCGCUUCACCUCUACGACGACCUUGACCGUGAACAUCCGUGACGACGACGAUCAAGAUCCUUCCUUCAUCUACCUCGGCUGCAUGUUUCUCAAUGGCGCUUGCAUCAAUCCCGAGUACUCCGCAACGGUCUCGAGCGGCAUGCUAUCGGGCAUCCUCAACAUAUCGCCAGAGAAAAUCCAAGCUGUCGACAUGGAUAGUAUCAAUGCGCCCAUCCGCUAUUCGUUUCUGAGUGGCAGCCCAUCCAACUAUCACGACUUCUUUGAGAUCAACCAGAGCACCGGUGCUGUCAAACAGAUACGUGCGGUCGACACCACCGUCACCAAAAAGUUCGAUAUCAUUAUUAAGGCCGUGGAAGACUCGGAAGCUGAACGUUCAACCUCGGCAAAGCUGACUAUAACAGUCAAACCAGUCGACAGCAAUCCCCCGGAGAUUAGUGCUUCGUCUACGGAGGGUUACGUUGACGAGAAUGCACCUGUGGGUACAAAAGUUGUCGAUGCUAACGGCCAUCCCAUAGUUCUCUCGGUCUCGGAUGCUGAUUUGGGAGCUGAAGAUCCAAAGCCAGAGUACGCGUUUGAGUUGACAACGACUUCUUUCGCGAUCGAUGCGAGUGGCACGCUGGUCGUGAACGAAGAGAAUCUGGACCGCGACCCUCCGAGUCCGGGUCAGUUUCACUUCCAAGUGGUGGCCAGGGAGCGCAGUGCAGCUGCCGCCUCGACGCCUUUGCCAUUCGUCGUCACUCUAAAUGAUGUUAACGACAAUGCGCCUGUGUUGCCCACGACGCCAUCCAUCACUGUGCAGGCUGGGGAGACCAAGCGUGAGGUUAUCAAGGUUGAGGCAACGGACAACGACGAGGGCCCAAACGCCGAGAUAACGUACAGCAUCUACCACGUGUCGAAUAACGGACUGAAAAAGUUUGAGAUUGACCCCCGCACCGGACUGAUCGAGUCAGUUGGCAAACUCAACGCCGGUGAGCAGUACAGCAUAACAGUCCAGGCGACGGACCGCGGCGGCCGCUACUCCCAGACUAUCGUCGAGGUAAACGUUGUACCGGGGCCCAACACCCGCAGCCCCGUCUUUCAACAGCAGGUCUACGAGGUCCAAGUCAGCGAGGGCGCCUCCCUCAACUCCACCGUGGCCACUAUCAUCGCCGUCGAUCCGGAAAACGAUCCCGUUUCGUAUUCCAUCGUCUCGGGUAACGACCUGCGGCAGUUUGCGAUCGGCGACAAGUCCGGCGUCAUUACCGUUAUAAGGAAACUGGACAGGGAGGACCUGACGCGCUAUCAGUUGAUAAUCAAAGCCGACGACACAGGCGGCUUGUCGAGCACAACAACGGUCAACAUCAAAGUGACGGACAUCAACGACAAGAAUCCCGAGUUCGAAGGCCUACCCUACGAGUUCACCGUCAAAGAGGGCGAGGCACGUAAGCUGAUAGGCCGAGUGCGUGCCGAAGACGCGGACGAGGGUAUUAAUUCGGAGAUUAGUUACUUUGCACCUGAUGAUAUACCCUUCACGGUUGAUCCCGAUACAGGUGACGUACGCACAAAGGUCGCUUUGGAUUACGAGCAGAACCAAGAGUACAAGUUCGUGGUUACAGCACGGGAUGGUGCACCCGAUCCAAGGUUAGCUACAGCUACGGUGACGGUUCACGUUGUAGAUAUCGAGGAUGAGGUACCGAUUUUCCACCAGAGUACUUAUGAAACUAGCGUCAAAGAGAACGUGCCCGAUUACGUCGUCACUCACGUUCUGGCUGACGAUCCGGAUACAAAGCAGCAGGUGACGUACGUCAUCCGCCAAGGUGAUACCGAUUUGUUCAGCAUUGACGCUAAAACCGGUGCCUUGAAGACUCGCCGAGGCCUCGACUACGAGCGCGAGAGCCAGUACAUCCUGACCAUAGGUACGGUCGAGAAUACAAGUAAUCUGCCAGGAGCCUCAACCCGCGUGGUUGUUAAUGUCAUCGACGUCAACGACAUUCCACCUGUAUUUACAAUGGUCCCCAGACCCGUGCAUCUAGACGACAACGUAUCGAUCGGUGCUAAUGUGGUCAACCUUAUCGCAACUGACUCGGACGGCACUGCCCCAGGAAACCAAGUACGGUACGACGUAAUCGGCAGGGGUAUAGCCGGCAAGUACUUUGUCAUCGACCCAGACAGCGGAGUACUUCGAGUGCGCGACGAUCUCAGGAAGGUGCCGGAUGUCACCGAGUUCCAGGUGGACGUGCGUGCCCACGAUCUUGGUGAUCCUCAGCUAUCGUCCGUGUCCACCGUACCGGUCUUUGUGCGUCACGUGGCCGGUCCACCAUCGGAGCCAGGUUUGGGCUUUGCCGAGGCCUCGUACAACGUUGACGUGCCGGAGGAUGCUACCUCGGGAACCCUCAUGAAGACACUCAGUGUCAUCAACUCCAACGCAAGGGACGCGUUGCCCCUGGAUUGCGAGGUGUACGAUGGGAACGAUGACCGACUGUUCAAGGCUAACAUAACCGAGGAGCGCAACUGCGCCCUGUGGUUGGAAAAGGGUGAGUUGGACUUUGAGACGACUGAGAGCUACCAGAUCAAGAUCAGAUUGUACACGCCAAAUGGAGCGUUUAAGAGUGGCAGGAAUGUCACAAUGGUGAAGAUUCAGGUGGUAGAUGUGAACGACAACAAGCCGGAGUUCAUGUUCCCCCAGGCCGAUUUGACGAAAGACCGGUAUUUCGCCAAAGUGCCGAUGGCGGCUCAGUUCGACUCGACGGUGCUCGAUGUCAAGGCUCAUGACAAAGACAAUGGGCGGUACGGCAAGAUCGAGUUUCGUCUGGUCUUUGAUAAUGAGAACAAUCGUGCCAGUGAUUUCUUCGCCAUCGAUCCGACUUCCGGUAUUAUUCGCACCACAGCUAAUUUCGACACUGUGCAGUCCCGGGAAUUGCCUUUUAGAUUUAUCGUUCAGGCAAGGGACAAUCCCAAUUCGACGAACAAUUCCAACGUAGCUGAAGCUCCAGUAAUAGUCAAUCUAUUCAGACCAGACAACUACUUUGUACUGACAAUACAAAAUGCAUCACCGGAAUCGUUACUCAAGGAUAGGGCUAAAAUUGCUAGAAUCCUCGAGGAUAAUACCGGUUUUCUCAUCGAAAUUGAGAAAAUUGAUUCUCGUAGAACGCUGUCGGUUAAUAAUACGAUUGAAGUCAGGCAUCACGAUUCUGACGUCUGGUUCUACGCCGUUGAUCCUAAAAGCGAGAGAAUACUCACAAGGAAUAGCAGUGUGGUGCAAAGGCUACUGUUCGACAGUGAAGCGAUGACCAACGUGACGGAGGGCUUGGCUGGCUUGGUGAGGGCAGCGACGGCUCUCGAGGUGCACGCGCCGGUCGUGGAGCCCGAGCUGGUGCGCUCCCACACGGCCGUCGCCUUCAGCGUCGAGGUUUUUCCUUACGCCCUCAUACUCAUCGCCUGCGUCAUUCUUGUGCUCGGCAUCGCCGGGAUCAUCUACAUUUGCGUCUCGUGGUCCAGGUACAAAGCAUACAAGGACCGUAUGCAACGCAUGUACGUGGUGCCGCGCUACGAUCCCGUCUACGUCGAGCCGAACCUCAAGGAGUACGAGACCCAGGUGCUGCAGAUGAGCGUACCCGUCGACGACAACGACAGCUACAACGACUUGCAGCUUGAUUUCAGCAAUAAAAAUCAUGCCUUCAGUCUUGACAAUGUCAGCUACAUCACUAAGGAGAACGGCGAGAGCACUGGCCAACAGAGCCCGGUGUCAUCGGAGGCAGCCACAACGGCACGAGCCUCGAGCAUAGCAGGGAACAAUCACAACGGCGCCUUGGACUCGAACGUGCACUCGCUGCGCCGGUCAACGACACUGGGCCGCAAGCCAACGGGCGCCUCGAACGGCCAAACUAACCACAACACGGGCACACUAAACCGCGACACAACGCCGGUCCUCAACCCGCUGUACAACCACGACCUGCUCAGCGCGAGCCCCUCCAACGACAAUGUCGUGUUCCGAGAGCGCAAGGACUACUCGCACCUCGGCUUCACGUACCUGGGCGACCAGAGCCCCGUCGAGACCACCACCGAACUCUAGUGGCUCUUUCCCCCAUGCACGGAGGAUUUUAUUUUUGCAUUUUCCGUUGUUUAUGAUGCGCGGGAACCUCCACGAUCGUUAUGGGGACGCUUUAUCAGAUCGUUAACUCGUUGUUGAACACGAGGGGGCUCUCAUGUCGGUCUUUGACGAUAAAGUGUAGCGUUUCACUUGUGGAUGCGAC